AGAGAUUAAUGUAAAAAUGUCACAAUAUACAGUGAUCGAUAUACAGUACGCAAAUAUCUAUGUAAUUCGUCCGUCUUUGUGUAACUGACUUAUCAAAAGAACGUAAUAACGGACUUCGAUAAAAAUCCGGCAGAAAAUUUCUCAUAAAAUCGUUUACACUUACGUAUCACCAUAAAAUGGCUUUAAAACGCGAUUCAAGGGAAAUAAAGUUUUCCGCUUUGCCCUGAAGAAAUGAAGCGGAAUGUCGAUAAAACGUUGGAACAAAGCGCGGCGUACUAACAAAAACGCGAUUGAAACCCGCAAAGAACCACAAAUAUGCCAAAUGCUAGAUAACCAAGAUCGAAGAAAUGCUAGAUUUUAACUAAGGAGGGUCGACAGACCCUCCAUAAUCUAUAAAUCUAUAGGACGAUGGUAUAGAAUGCCUGGAAUCGUAACUGGUUCGACGUCAAACUGUUACGAACAUACGUAUCGGUUAAGGAACAGGAAACUUUCCAUAUAUCGUCGAAUAUCUUUCCCGCGCAGCGUGCGCCCGGAAGUCGCAGAUGUCCGCCAUGUAGCUUUAUGCUCCGAUCACAUGCAGCGGACACAGAGUCGCAUAUGUGUCAUCGGUGUUAUUGAAUUAUUAAUAUAAAACCGGACAUCUGCCCAAAUGCGUUUCGACCACGUUCCAACAACAAAAACGAUUAAUAAAAUUCCAGCCCUCACGAGGCAAUUUCAUUUUAAAGCGAUAAUAGAGGUGAUAAUAGAAAUGAUAAAGAAUCUUGAGAAUCUUGGCACCGCUCUCUUUGUCUUCUAAUUUCACUCUGGAAUAAUUCACGUUGUACGAAAUUGUUUUAGAAUGCAUUAAACUUUUGAUUGAAUCCGGGUGCUCGACGUAAAAUUCGUGCAACGUCACUAAAUGCUCGUUCUUUCUUUCACUUUGAAUGGCAGUGCCAAUUAGUUUGCAAUUUAAACUUGAAACAAACGGAUAUGGAAUAUAAAAAUAUAGAAUUGAUUGUUUCUCAAAUGGAUGGGGAUUUAUAACUGAAAUAAAGACGAGGCUUUUUUAUUUGUAUCUUACGCACUAUGUUCAAAGAGAACUAUUUCAUACGCAAAAGAUCUCGUUGACUUAAGUUGUAAAAUUUCUCUAUUAAUUUAUAAAAUGAAAAAAAGAAAUUUGUUUCACAAUUAAAGAAAUCCCAGUUCUGAAAAUAAACAUUCUCUGUAAAUAAUUGGAUCGUGUUGUAAAAUCGUUGAAAAUCUACUCGUAAUUGUAACGAUGAGCGGUCGAUUUGUUCGCCGUCUGGAAAUACUAGCUUCUGUCGUGCAAGUAAUAAUAAAGAUUACCAGAGAUUAACAGAUACUUUCUUAGUGUACGGGCGACAACAUUUAUAUAUAAAAUCGCCAGCGCUAUUCAAGAUCUUUCCAAGCCAUUUCAGAUCGAUUCAGUUACUUACGAUAUUCGUCCCGGAGCAAAUCGUACAAAUUUCGCGAAACGGGUAAUCUAAUAGACAGAGCCAAUUGUAACGUAGAAAACAUUAUUUAUUUUAUCUCGUUUACGCAGCAAUUCGAUUCGAUUGUUUAGCGAAUAGCAAUUGCCGUGAAUGAAAAAUGGCUCCUGGAACGACUUCGGAGUUUAUUUUAGUUCUGGCAUUAAACGAGCGUUCAAUUAAACGGAGAUUAUUAAGAGUGCUUAUCGCUUCUUGAAAACUUCAGUCGUGAUUUAUUUCACAGGCUCGCGAGUGUACUUUUACAAAAUUUAUAUAAGUCUAUGAAGCAGCGUUGGCUCGCGCGAUUCGUCCCAGACCUUGCACUUUCUUCCACCGCGAAUGCAAAAUGCCUCGUAAAAAGGAUGGUUAACUUCCUUAUAUCUGACAAAUUACGGCUAUUGAACAGGUUACGCGCCCGUGAAGCUUAGAAGAAUAUGUAUAGCUAUAUAGCAACGCAUGUUUCUAUCCUUUAUGCAGAGAAGCGAGAAUCGAUGAUGUAACCGAAGUGGAUGCAAUUACUGCCUUUAUAUUGUACGUGUAAUUUAUAGUCACAUCGCUGGCUUAAUGGUUAAUCACGUUAAUUAAUUAAUGCGGCCAUGGUAAGAUAAUUAGAGUAUCGGUAAUAUAUUUAACGAACAGAAAUUUUACACGAAGGCUGGCCGUAAAAUUUGACCGGAGACCGGGGAGAGGAUCAUUUCUAUCGGCGUUUUAGCACGCGUAUCUAUCAAUUUUCAAAUUAGGAGCGAAAAUCGAGUAGCAUCUCGUUUCAAGAAUGUGUACCACCACGGUAACAUGGUACGAAGAAAAGAAGGAGGCGAAUCAGACGAUGGAGAAGGACGUGGAACCGCUUCCACUGCCAGUACGAACCUCGGCCAGCCAACGGAUAAUAUGGCGAAAUGUGAUUGGUAUCAUUGUGCUUCAUUUCCUCGCCGUUUACGGUUUCGUGAGCGGUUAUCGAGAUGCCAAGCUUUGGACGUGGAUUUGGAGUUUUGCGUACGGUGUCGUGGCUGGUUUGGGAAUAACAGCAGGAGCUCAUCGCCUGUGGGCGCAUAAAAGUUAUUCCGCCAAGAUUCCUCUGCGAAUAUUUCUUGCUUACUUAUAUUGCAUGGCUGGUCAGACGCAUUUUUAUAAAUGGAUACGAGAUCACAGGACGCAUCACAGAUACACAGAAACAAAUGCAGACCCGCACGACGCGACCCGUGGAUUUUUCUUCUCUCAUAUCGGCUGGCUGAUGGUUAAAAGGCAUCCAGCCGUGAAAGAAUACGGCAGUAAAAUCGAUAUGAGCGACAUCACUGCGGAUCCUGUAAUAAAAUUCUUCGACAAGUAUUACGAGGUCAUCAUGGUUUCGCUGUGCUUCGUACUGCCGAUAUUGUUGCCGGUGUUCGUGUGGAGCGAAACGUGGUUCAUAAGUGUUCAUGCGAUGCUCAUUCGCUACGUCUGGUCGUUGCACGCCACUUUUAUCGUGAACAGUUUCGCCCACAUGUGGGGAAAUCGACCGUAUAACAGGAGGGUCAAGCCAACGGAAAACCCAACCGUUUCUUUCUUCGCGCUGGGUGAAGGUUGGCAUAAUUACCAUCAUUCUUUCCCGUGGGAUUACAAGGCUGCGGAACUGGGCGCAUAUGGCCUGAAUCCUACCACCGGUUUUAUAGAGCUGAUGGCGCGCUUAGGCUUGGCGUACAAUUUAAAAACACCGAAGAAAGAGCUGGUCGAUCGAACGAUACUGAAGAAGGGCGAUGGAACGGACAGCCUUUGGGGACAUCGGAGACACUGAGAAGAUUUCGUAUCGGGAGCGAUAUAGCCAGGUUGUAAAACGAAGCGUUAAAAUAGGGUCACUAGUUGAUCUAACUGCAGCUAGGGUUAUGUGCAUUUUGUAUGCACGCUGGUACUUACGUACGUCAGCUUUCUGAAAUUUCUGACAGUACAAUGAUAAGUCAUAAAAUUGAUAGAAGUCAGAAUUUUGUAAAAUUUGAACUGAUCCUGAGUCGACAUAGUAUAAUCCUGGACGAAACUCUGGGUAAUUGCUUAUGUUCUUCAAAUUACGUAUUUCAACUGUGUUAUAUAUUUUACUGACCAAUUUUGCGAUCUCACUGUAUCGCGUCCAUUUACUAUACAUACUAAUCUUUUUUAUAUGACUGCAAGGAGAAAAAACAGCAGCCUCGGAUACCAAAUAUUAUCUUUAUAAAGCAAAAAUGUGGGGUGGAAAUGUUCUUUUUAUUUAAAUGCUUUUUGUAUAUUUUCGUAUUUGUAGAGGGAUUUAUAUGUUUCGGACGUCACGCGAAUCCUUUUGCUGUUAUCAUUCCAGGUUUAUUUAACGCGUUUUCGCAUCGCGUAUCAGGCCAGGUCAGGUAUAUGGGUGAACACGUACGCGUAUAAUGCUAGGCCGAUGUUUAUGUAAGAGCAAAUAGGUUCCUCUACGUGUAUCUACCGUACUUAUGUUUCUCUCGAAUUAAAGCCACCGCAAGUGUUUUUAUAAUGAAACCGAUCACAGCGAAGUCGGACAAUCUGUUCAAAUAUUAAAUGGCGCUGAAAAAAUAUUCGUUCGUUGGUCGUAGAACGUAAUCGAGAUAGAUUCGCGUUAAUUAGCGAGGAUAUUGAAUAUUUACGAUGGUAUACUAUAUACUGUAGCGUGCUACAGAGUACAACGAAUGAAACGAAAACGAACAGAAUACCUUCACGGAAGUUCGUCUCGAAAUGCAAAUAGCAUUUGCAAAUGAAACGAAAUAAGGCUUACUUUACCAAGGAACUUUACGAAUUUCCCGUUGUAGCAUACACACAACCGUCAGCGCUGAGCUGACAACAAACUUUAAACACGGUUCACCGUUUGCAAGCUCCAAAUUCUGCCACAGCGUUAUAUAGGACGUGAAAAUUAUUUAUUCGAUACAAUGUACUACUAUAUUUCUAAACGUGAAAAGUAAUGUUUCAAGAGCAUUUUCGAAAAUACGAUAGCGAGGCUUGUUACGCAUCGCGUUGUUCAUUUAUUCAAGGAGUCUGGAAGAGUUGUCGAAAAGCGACCUUGUUCUACCUUGCUUUAACGGUGAAAGCACCAGCGAAGGGUCGUCGUUUCGGAAGGUACGUAAUGAAUGCUGCAGUAAUGAACCGUGUUUAGCCUAUGUAUUCGGGCGUACAUCCAUAUAAAGCACGGUUAUUUCCGGUUGGUACUCUGUGUUGUCCAUCUCUUUAUCCCUUAAAAUGUCACUUCUUUUGUAGAAACGUAAUUAUCGAGAAAUAAGCGUCAAUUUCUCGGCAAUAAAUAGACUUUAAUAUCGAUUAAUCAGAGGCAAAACGCUUCUAAUCGAGCCUAAACCAAUGUUAAUUAACGAGCAUGCAAUCGUCGAAAACGGAACGAUUUCAGAUAAUUUCGGCACGUUCCGCGUUCGGUAUGCAUGAGGCUCCUGUAAAUUUUCAUCAGGUGAUCAUUAUUGGUCCGUGUUCGGUAAUGAUGGUCGCGCGCAUUUUGCGUACACGCGGCAGCCACUUUCACUCGUCGCGUUCCGACACGCGGCGCUUGCAUAUCGCGCGAAUUAUUCAUCGAAACGGCGGAAAUUAAUUAUCGGCGCAACAACGGUUACUGAAGCUUUAACGAUGUAGUAAUUACAUGCUGGCUGCUCGCCGUACUGAGAAAACACGUAACCGGUCGUGUUUGCAAUCGUGUAAUAUUUCGCAGAUUUGUAUUAGCUACGCGAUAGAUAUCGCGCAUAGAUUAUACGCUUUAUAAAUACCGGCGGCAUUUCUGCUCUCCACGUGUUCGUUCUACGAUAUUGUUCAUCUAUGUUCUAGAUUACCGUUGGUACUAGCCCCGUUUAUUUUUAGGCAGACACAGAGGAAAGGAAAAAAAGAAAGAAAGAAAACAUUGCACGAAACUACAGGCUAUCGUAAAGUCGGGCAAAAAUACACUACGAGUUUCCAUAAGUAUGACACGAAGGCAGCGCAGUUAUAGCGACUUUUCAUAUUUAUAGCUGGACAGGACAUUGUUUCACCGUAUGUACGGCUACUGGCCUAUAGUAUUUUUAUCUUCGACAGUUAUUCUCGGAUGAUAGGUAGCCGAUAAUAACAGCGUAGAGACUAGUUUUUUAUUAGGUACGCAGUAUCAUCGUUUUGGAAGAAGAAUGUGCUAAAAAUGGAAAAUGGUAAUCGAUGAAUGUUAUAUUUCAGAGACGUAAAAAUGUAUUUCUAAAAAAUCACGCAAUAAUUCGUUGGGUAAAAUUUGUCGUCUAAAUUAAAAUGCAAAGUAGCUCAAACAGAGGGAUAAAUCAUUGCUCUCAUAUCGAGCUAAGGUUAUUUAUAUUCAAACAGGGAUGUCAUGAAAAAUUAACGUUUUUUUUACGAUCCUAUUCGGACAUGACAUUUAUCGAUUCUGGUUACCUUCAAUUACGGUUAUACCUUAGUCGGAAACGAUUUCACAGAGAAUCACUUUUCUACGUUUCUCCGGUAAUUCUCUCGUGUAUUGAUUAACGAUAAGAGAUGAAAUCAGUGUCUGCGUCCUCACACUAUGCGCCGUGUAUUUCUGCCAUUCCCUCGGCAUCGUCGAGUAUUUUCCUCUAUGAAUUUGUUAUGACCAUCGCAAUAGAACGGAUCGAUAAGACACAUUCUGUCUGUGCGCGCCUCUGAUGUGUCUUUUACCGUCGCCUCGAGGCGAUGGAAUAAAUUUGAAUCGCAUAUAUGUACAGAGAAAGGUCGUUCGUUGAUCCGAUACGACUGGAAAAAUCAGAUUUACUUUGUUUCAUUGUUCUUCUCUUGACCAUAUGCAUACACGUUUCUAAUUUGUAAGUUUCCUUUAUAUAUGCUACUAACUAUUCUUGAAUUACCUACUGUCAAGAAAAUUUGAGUCACUGAAAAGAAGCGCGUUGCAGCGGAGUUAACGAUUUAAUUAGAAGAGAAUUAUGAUUGUACAGCGCGGUACGGGCUUACAAUAACUAUAAAUAUGGUCACAGUCUUGCACAGCUUAACGCCUUGACAGUGAUACAUCAGACUAGUUAUUAGGCGUUAGCGUGUGCCUAAGUUAUGCAUUAGCGGGUCUUAUUUCGAAAUAUGUCUUUAAAAAAAGAAUUUAUACGCACGGGUGUAAUUUAGGUAUAUUUACGGGUGUAAUUACGUAGUAUUAUAUAGUAGUAUUACACUAAAUCGCUCAAUUUCAUGCUCACAUUUACUAAAAUUCUAAUUACACUUAUAUACCAAUAAAGUUUACCAGCAGCUG